AUGGAGAAGGUGCUCGGCUCAACCUUCAGAGUGAAUGAUGACAUUGUCCAAGGUGCGAAGAAGGUGGUCCAUAGCAAAUGUUUCUACCCUAGGUGUAGGUCACGCCGCACUCUGGAGAAAGACCAGAUCUUCUGCUGCUACAUCUUUCUGGGAGCGGGCUAUUUCCUGGGGUCUGCAACAAAUGAUUAUUCAGUGAAGGUGAAGCUUCAUGAUUCUGCUACUCUGCCCUGCUCUGAGAGAUGCUCUGGUUCAGCGAGAUGGACUGUGUUCACUAAACGCAGUGACACCCUGGCUGAGUGUGAUCAGACUUCAUGUAGAUCAGUGAAGGAGGGAUAUCAGAUGAUCCAUGAUCAGUACCUGAAGGGGAAUCACUCUCUCAUCAUCACUGAUGCUGAUUUCACUAAGAGAGGCUGGUACACGUGUGACUGUGAUGAUAAAGACAUCUGUGAUGUUCAUCUACAGAUUGAGCCCUUGAACACUACAAUUGACAUAAUGACCGGUGAAUCUCUGAUUCUAAGGCUGGAUGUAUCAGAUCCAGUGGAGGUGAUUUAUAACAGCACAGGCACACCUGGACCAUCCAGUGGUCAGAUCUGUACAGUGGAUGGACGCUCACUCCAGUGUAAACCUGAGUAUGAACAGAGAUCAUCACUUACAUCUGGUGUUGAGCUGAGAGGAGCGACUCCAUCUGAUAGUGGAGUUUAUAUUAUAGUGGACAAAAAGAAUAAAGAGGUCAUUCACACCUACACAGUGGCAGUCCAAGAAGAGAAGAACUCUGAGGCAGAAGAGAAGAUCCCGCAGGUGGGUUAUAAGCUGAAGAAGGGGAAAGUGGUGUUUCCCUGGCCAGAGCUCCCCAGCCAGAGCUCCCCAGUCAGAGCUCCCCAGUCAGAGCUCCGAAGACUAAACCGCUUUUUCUUCUUUUUCCUUCUGGAAAAAAAAACUUAA